CCAUAUGCUAUACUACCUAACCAUCUGAGAUUUUCCUUAAUUGCUGUCAUCGGAAUCCUCCGUCGUCACCCCGAAGACAAAGUCCAAAUUGCCGGCGAAGAAUCGGCUCACGAAACCAAAGAGGGAGCAAAUCUGAAAUGCUCCAACAUGUAAGCCCUAGUUGCAUGGAGCUGAAGCAUAAUCCUCGCCACCAUCAUUGUCUUCGCCAACAUGCUUCAAUCCCCCAUCAAAAAGAAAUUUUUUAUUCCAUUCCUUCUUCUUUCUGAAGAUUCUCCAAUGCCGGUCCCCCAAAACCCUAACUUUAGAAAUACGCUCCUCUCCCUCUUGUAGCCCUCAGGCGAAGCGAUGCGCGGAAUCGAGCUAUGGUUCCGCGAUUCCUUACCCGUUCGAUUCCAGGUUGUUGGAGAGGAUCUGCUUCGAGAGUCGUGCGAGUUCGCCGCCGGCGGGUUGUUCCUCGACCCUCUCGUUCCGGGGACCUUUGUAACAUCCGUUUCGACACCCAAAAGGGCUUCUUUUUGUGGGGUGUCGCUGGUUAGAAUGCGUGGGUUCUUGUCUGCGAGUUUGUCGGUGAAGGGGGAUGAGCGAUUUGUUCGGGAGUCUGUGGGGUUUCUGGAGAAGAAUGGGGAGAAGAGCUCUGAGGAGGAGAUGAAGGACGAGGAGGAGGCUAUUUUGGUGGUGGAGGACAGGAAGGUUAGAGUUCGUGGUGCUGGAGCUGGUGCUAUUAAUACUAGUAAGCAUCUGUGGGCUGGAGCUGUUGCUGCCAUGGUGUCCAGGACCUUUGUGGCUCCACUCGAGAGGUUGAAAUUGGAGUACAUGGUCCGAGGUGAACAGAGCAAUCUGCCUGAGCUCAUCAAGAAAAUCGCCACCACACAAGGUUUAAAGGGCUUUUGGAGAGGAAAUUUUGUCAAUAUUCUUCGCACUGCACCGUUUAAAGCAAUAAACUUCUGUGCAUAUGAUACAUACAGAAAACAACUACUUAAUCUUUCCGGAAACUAUGAGACCACAAACUUUGAGAGGUUUAUAGCUGGAGCUGCGGCUGGAAUCACCGCCACAAUAAUGUGCAUUCCAAUGGACACGAUCCGAACAAAGAUGGUUGCACCAGGAGGUGAGGCAUUAGGUGGAGUUAUCGGCACGUUUCAACACAUGGUCCGCAUGGAGGGAUUCUUCUCCUUAUACAAGGGUUUGGUGCCUUCCAUUAUCAGCAUGGCACCAUCCGGCGCUGUCUUUUACGGAGUGUACGACAUAUUGAAGUCGGCUUAUCUACAUUCGCCUGAAGGAAGGAAGAGAAUCGCGUUGAUGAAUCAACAAGGAGAUCAAUUGAAUGCGUUGGAUCAGCUCGAAUUGGGCCCAACGAGAACUUUACUGUAUGGGGCUAUUUCUGGCUGUUGUGCUGAGGCUGCUACAUAUCCUUUUGAAGUUGUAAGGAGGCAGCUACAGUUACAGGUCCAAGCAACUAGAUUAAGUGCUUUGGCAACUUGUGUAAAGAUAGUUGAGCAAGGUGGUGUUCCAGCACUUUAUGCUGGCUUGAUUCCAAGCAUGUUACAGGUUUUACCCUCUGCUGCCAUCAGUUACUUUGUUUAUGAAUUUAUGAAGAUUAUCCUCAAAGUUGAGUGAUUAAAUCCAUUUAUGGCAACUGCUCCAUUAGAUGUGAGUGAAAGAUUGAUUACAUGGCUCGUUCGUUUUUUUGUCUUUUUUGCCUUUCUUAAUUGGGGAAAAUUUACCGUGUCCCGCUUACCUUUACAUCUAGUAGAAUCAUGUAUGAGAUCCACCCGAAGUCCUGCAGUUGCAAGAUUCUGUUAUGAACCUGUUUCAUAUAUUGAAAUUUUUUCAUACCCAAUCUGGAGAUUGUAUGGGAAUUGAACUCCUAAACUAAUGAUUUUUU